ACAAAAACAAGGGAGAAGAAAGGACCUGGGCUCGGUCGAUUAUAUCUUGGGGAGUGACUUAAUUGUUUGGUGUGGAGUUGAGACAACCGGGCGCCAGCAGAGCAUCGAUUGGGUGGGCAGGGCAACCCCAGCACACUCAGAGCAGCUCUCCACUGCGGUUCAUCGCCAACCAGGGAAACCAACGGUCGUCCACCAUGGAACAGGGCAAUAUCAGGGCAAUUCUUAUUCUUAAUUUUGUUUUGCUGCUGCUCUGAUUCUGACUGGCAAAAUGGAUGAUGUGCGUUGUUGACAGAUUGUUCGCCAUGGUUCUGCUGCUCUUCUGUCUCGUGCUGUGCUCCAACGUAUUGCUGCGUCUCAUCUGCACAUAUGAGUUGUCACAUCCUCCCCUCCAGCCUACUUUGGGGUACAUUGGAGUCGAUGUGAGGAGAAAAAAAAACCCUUCAGCGAUCGUUAUAUGGCAGGCAAGGGCUGACUUGGCUAUUUAUAUUAUUUAAUCAUGUCACACACUGG